CGUGUGUGAGGCUCCCGAGGCCCGGAUGGUAUGCGUGCGGGCCCGGCCCGGAGCGGACGCUCUCGCUGCGCCGGCUUUCAGCGGGCCCCUGAGAGGCCUGUGAGGUGGAGGUCGAGCCCGGCGGAGCGCAGGUGCUGACACCUAUUCUGGACUCUACACUUGGCAGUGUUGGUGACCGAGCAGGCUGAAGUCCAGGAAAGCACCUGCUGGGUCAGCUCCAUCCCUCCCUUGAGAACCUGAUUCCCUGCUGCAGAGGAAAGCAGCAGCCGGCACAGACACUCCAGGAAUGCACCAUGCCAAUAGUCGAUAAGCUGAAGGAGGCUCUUAAGCCUGGCCGCAAGGACUCAGCAGAGGAUGGGGACCUGGGCAAGCUGCUGGCGGCCUCUGCCAAGAAGGUCCUUUUGCAGAGGAUUGAGUUUGAACCUGCCAGCAAGAGCUUCUCCUACCAGCUAGAGUCCUUGAAGAGCAAGUAUGUGCUGCUGAACUCCAGGGCCGAGGGAGUGAGUCGCCACAAGAGUGGAGAUGAGCUACAGCCCAGGAAACCAGGCACCGAGCGUGUGUCUGGAAGUGGAGGCGACGGAGUCCCUGCCCCACAGAAAGUGCUCUUCCCUAUGGAGAGACUGUCGCUAAGGUGGGAACGCGUUUUCCGCGUUGGCGCAGGGCUGCACAACCUGGGUAACACCUGCUUCCUGAACUCCACCAUUCAGUGCUUGACCUACACGCCGCCUCUGGCCAACUACCUGCUCUCCAAAGAGCACGCACGGAGCUGUCACCAAGGAAGCUUCUGCAUGCUGUGUGUCAUGCAGAACCACAUGGUCCAGGCCUUUGCCAACAGCGGCAAUGCCAUCAAGCCCGUUUCCUUCAUCAGAGACCUGAAAAAGAUUGCCCGGCACUUCCGCUUCGGGAACCAAGAGGACGCACACGAAUUCCUGCGGUACACCAUCGAUGCCAUGCAGAAGGCCUGCUUGAACGGCUAUGCUAAGUUGGAUCGGCAGACGCAGGCUACUACCCUGGUGCAUCAGAUCUUUGGAGGGUAUCUCAGGUCCAGAGUGAAGUGCUCUGUGUGCAAGAGCGUCUCAGACACAUAUGAUCCCUACUUGGACAUAGCCCUGGAGAUUCGGCAAGCUGCAAAUAUUGUGCGCGCUUUGGAACUUUUCGUGAAACCAGAUGUGCUGAGUGGAGAAAACGCCUAUAUGUGUGCUAAGUGUAAGAAGAAGGUUCCAGCCAGCAAGCGCUUCACCAUCCAUAGAACAUCCAAUGUCCUAACUCUGUCCCUCAAGCGCUUCGCCAACUUCAGUGGGGGGAAGAUCACCAAGGAUGUUGGCUAUCCCGAGUUCCUGAACAUCCGCCCAUACAUGUCGCAGAGCAGUGGUGACCCUGUCAUGUAUGGGCUCUAUGCUGUCCUGGUGCACUCAGGCUACAGCUGCCACGCUGGGCACUACUACUGCUAUGUGAAGGCUAGCAAUGGACAGUGGUACCAGAUGAAUGACUCCUUGGUCCAUUCCAGCAACGUCAAGGUGGUUCUGAACCAGCAGGCCUACGUGCUCUUCUACCUGCGAAUUCCAGGCUCUAAGAAAAGUCCUGAGGGCCCUGUCUCCAGGGUGGGUUCCACUCUUCCCAGUCGUCCCAGUGUCAUUCCAGAUCACCCCAAGAAGAGCCCUGGCAAUGGGGUCGUUUCUUCCCCACUGAUGGCAAAGCGACAAGACUCUGUGAUGAUGAAAAAGCCACAGGCCCCUGAGGAGGUUGGUGUGCCUGUAUCUAGGAAUGGCUCCCUCCCAGCCCUGAAGUUACAGAAUGGAUGUGUUCCUGCAAAGACAUCUGCCGGGUCUCCUUCUCCAAGACUCACCCCCACACCCACACACAUGCCUACGAUUCUGGAUGAGCCUGGAAAGAAGGUGAAGAAGUCAGCUCCCCCACAGUCUCUCACUGCAUCCCCCACUACUUCUCAAGGCUCUCCUGGGACCAGCGAAUCCAGGAGUCAGCGACCUGGGUCCUGGGCAAGCAGGGACACCAUCUUCUCUACCUCCCCAAAGUUCCUGGUCAAAGCCUUUGCUAACGGGCACAGGCUGAAGGGGGAAGGCAGUGGUGUGGACCUGGAGAAGGGGGCUUCGAGCGGCUCAAGCCCUGAACACUCUGCCAGCAGUGACCCUGCCAAGGCCCCGCAGACUGCAGAGGGCAGAGCUACACAUUUCUGUGAUUCUCAGGGAACAGACUGUCCCACCACUGGCCAUUCCAAAGCACUGCUGAAUGGAGCAGAUCCCAAGAUAGUAAAGCUGAAGUCCCCUGCCCUGAGCAGCACCGCCUCUGAGCCCACAAGCCUCAUGUCUCCUCCACCAGCCAAAAAACUGGCCCUGUCGGCCAAGAAGGCCAGCACCCUGCGGAGGGCGACCGGCAAUGACAUCCGUUCACCUCCCCCCUCAGCAUUCUCCGACCUCACCUACCCCAUGAAAGCCACCCACCCCGUCGUUGCCUCCUCUGGGCCUGUCAGUAAAACCAGGGCUGUUGCACCUGCUCCCCGACCAUCUGCCCUCCCGAAGCAUUCCAUCCACCCCCACUCUGCAUCACUGUCCAGUAGUAGCGCCAAGCCCUUAGGGACAUCAGAGCCACAGAGCUGCCGCUCCUCUGCCUGGAUGCCCCUGCCUCAGGUCAACGGGCACUUCAUGUCCCACUUACACCAGCUGCCAGAGGCCAGCGAGGCCCCACACAGCCCCUCCAGAAAGAGGAAAAAGACCCCUAAUGGAGAUCCCCAGAGACUGGGUAUAGAUACACAUCUCCCACAGUGCCUCGGGGGAGCACCUGCAGCAGUACGCAAGAAGAGGAAGAAGAAGAAGUACCUGGAGGAUAUGGCUGCCAUGGCUCCCCAGCAGGAAGGCCAGUCUCAGGACCAGAAGGAAGAGGGUACACAGCCCCAGGUAACUGACCAUCAAGUGAGUCACAUCCUGGACAGUCACCAUGUGAGCAGCAGGAAAAGGAGGAAGAGGAAGAGAUCAGAAAGACUUAGCCAGGACGCUGUCCUCUCCCAGAGUCUCCUACAGCAUGGCUGCUGUCCUGCAGACCACUGUGGGCCUGAGGCCAGGACAGAGUUGCAGAGGAAGAAGAAGAAGAUAAAAAGGACACAUGCCUCACAGCAGGAAGAGGAAGAAAGCCAGCACCCAGAAGGCCAGAGGAACCCGAGGCCCAAUGUCACCCCAGUCCCUGAGUUGAGCGUGAAUGGCCAUCUUUGUAGUGACCGCCUGGGACUGGGACAAGCGCCUCUUGUUGGCUGGAACAGAGAUCAAGAACCCGAUGUGGUCCAGGCGUUGCUCCAGGACUCAUCUGAUAAGGCUUAUGGGAAAAAAGUUUUGACCUGGGAUGGUGAGCCUUCAGCAGUCAGUCAGGAUGCCAUCAAAGACAGCAGGUUGGCCCGGACCCAGACCGUGCUUGAUGACUGGGAUGAGGAGUUUGAUCGAGGAAAGGAAAAGAAAAUUAAAAAGUUCAAGAGAGAAAAGAAGAGAAACUUCAAUGCCUUCCAGAAGCUCCAGAGCAGACGGAACUUUUGGUCUGUGACUCACCCUGCUAAGGUCGCCAGUCUCAGCUAUCGCCGCUGAGCUCGCUGUGCUUGUUAGAGGAAGACCAGUGCACCUGUGCCACUUCAUCCCAAAGCUGUCACAUCACAUCCUGGGAACUGUCCACUUGGUUCUGAGGAGGGGCCUUGUGCAGACUCCACUGCACUGUGAGCCUGCCAUGGUGGAGGCUCCUGGUGCCACUGUUCACAGAUGAUCUAACAUAGAAGCCCUGGGGCUUCAGCUCAAGGCCUCUGGUCGCAUUCAUAACGAACUUCGCAAGAGAAAGACUUGCCUGUGGUGUCAUGCCGACAGUAACCCAGGAGACAUCUGCAAAGGCUGAGCAUCCUUAUAGACCCUGGGGUCUAGGUAGGAAACCCCUCUGUUCCUGGUCUGGGGUUGUCAGAGACAAGACUGGGGCCAGCAUCUCCCAGCAUGUCCUUCACUCAGGAUGGUGGCAUGUUAGUGUCUCUUCUGGUGAGCCCUCCUUUACUCUGCUGGAGCUGUAUUGUGGCCCUAUCCUCAAAGGGCCUCUGUAUGACUGACUGUCAGCUGCAGAACCCCUGGUGACUGCUCUGCCCCCCACCCCCAAGUGCAUCUCCUCGAAAGGCCUCCAUACCUUCUAGAAAUCAGCAGCUUCUAGGCAUAGGAGAGCCUUGAAAUACGUGCCAGCGCCUCCGCUUCUAAGGCUGCUAUCCCUGCCGAGGUGACUUUGACGAGCUUCUCCUGCAUCUGCACUAACCUACGGGUCUCUGUCAAGGUGGUGGUCUUUAGAGAUGAAUUAUCCGUUAUUUUACUACUUAUGAUAAAGCAUUUAUUUUUGAACAGG